AAAGGUAAAAGUGGAGAUUACCACGAUGAAAUGAAUAAUAAAAAUUUCACCAAGUGGUUAAAGGAGAAACUCUUGCCAAAUCUGCCGCCUAAUUCCAUUAUUGUUCUCGACAAUGCACCAUACCAUUGUAAGCAGAUUGACAGACUACCAAAUUCAAAUUCCUUAAAGGAAACCAUGAAAAAUUGGUUACGCGAAAGGAACAUUGACUUCGAAGAAAAUUUUACGAAUCCUGAGCUGUACUGUCUAAUAAAACGGAACGCGCCACCUAAAAAAUAUGAAAUAGAUGAAUUAAUUAAAAGUCAAGGUCACGAAGUAUUACGGCUACCGCCGUAUCAAUGUGAUUUGAAUCCAAUCGAGUACAUUUGGAAUCUAAUGAAACAGCGAGUGGCCGACAAAAACGUAUCACAAUCUGAAAAAGAAAUAGAGAAGUUAACUCGCGAUGCUAUAAAAAGUAUAUCUGCAGAUGAUUGGAAGACAGAAAUUAACCAUGUUGAUAGAUUACGACAGCAAUAUUGAGAAAGUGAUCGGCUGCAAGAAAUAAACGAGAGAGAACUUAUAAUUUCAGUGGGGGCAGAUUUAGUGAGUGAUAUGGACUCAAGUUUUAGUGACAGUGAGGGUGAAAUGUCUGGUAUUGAAUCAAUAGAAAUUAGUGAUUAAACACCUUAGUUAGUGAUUAAAUGUCUCUAAUUUUACCGACAUUCCCAAUUUUUUUUAAAUAAUAAUAAAUAGAAAAUA